UGGCGGCGUCGGAAUUUUCUCCUGUGGUUUUCUUGAUUUUCCACGCGAAAUAAGUGUUAAAACAAGCCAAUUUUACUGCUUAUCGACUAGUCAGUGGUUCCUGCUACAAUGAAUGUACCGGAUAUGGGAGGAAACAUGCUGGAAUUUGCCGGAAACAUGAUUGAUAGGCACUUUCAGUGUCCGUCCUCUUCCAGCCUUUUAGAGGUUACCGGAGUCGCUCAGCAUGGCAUGGCCACAACUAGCGGUCUCAAUGACUAUGACUACCAGAACCUGUCGAGUCUGUCGCUGAAUCUGAAGCAGCUGAAUCAAGUGGUGACCAGCAAUAAGGUGCCGAUUCCGCCUGAGAUCCUGGAGCACCUGAACCACAUCAAAUGCCACUGUAUGAUGGGCUUGUUCCCGGAAAUCGGACGCGCCUGGCUCACCAUCGACUCAGAUAUCUACAUUUGGACAUAUGAGAAUGACCGGGAUGUGGCGUACUUUGACGGACUGAACCAUGUGAUCACGAGCGUUGGUUUAGUGACACCAAAACCAGAUGUUUUUGUGAGUGAUGUGAAGUACUUGCUCGUCCUCACGACGCCCCUGGAGAUCAUUGUGCUGGGCGUAAUGUUUGGCGACUCAACGAAAACCAUCUGUUCACCAAAUCGCACAGUGCACGGCCUGAAGCCCUUCGAGGAGCUGCACAUCAGCCGCCCCAUCUUUGUCCUCAACACCGACAAUGUGUCCAUAUUGACGAUCGAGGGCGCAGCGGAUGGCAGGAUCUUCCUGGGUGGACGCGAUGGCAGCCUGUAUGAGUUGCAGUACCAAGCUGAGUCUAACUGGUUCGGAAGGCGCUGCAAGAAGGUCAAUCAUUCACAGAGUCUCGUGUCUUACAUGGUGCCGGGCUUCCUGAAGAUCUUCUCCGAAAGCGAUUCCGUGGCUAAGAUAGCAAUAGACAACAGCCGGCGGAUGUUGUAUGUGUUGUUCGAGAAAGGUGCCAUCGAGGCGUGGGAAUUGGAGGCGAACGACAAUAUCAGGCGCGUGGGCAGAGUCACUCAUCGGGAUGUCGUCCAGGCAGCGGUGAGCAUGGUGAAGACAGUGGAUCCGGCAAUUUUCAAGAAUAUCACCGCCAUCUGCCCACUCACUAUCGACGACAGUCCUCAGCUGCACCUGAUCGCCGUGACGCAGUGCGGCGUGCGCUUCUACUUCUCCACGACGCCCAUUCUCGUGGCUCAGGGCACAAUGGAGUCCCUGAGACCGCAAGGACUCUAUCUUCUGCACGUACGACUGCCUCCCGGCUACACGCCCAACACCCAGGUGGGGAAACCUCGACAGGUGCACUCGGCCUUCUACCACCGCGGCUCGCUGCUGAUGGUGGCCACGUCGCAGCAGGAUCAGGACAUGCUGUGGAGUCUCAGCUCGGAGCCCUUCCCGCAUCGUCCCUAUCUCACGGAGUCGUCCACUGUGAUGCAGCUGGAUGGACAAGUGUGCGCCCUGGCGCAGAUCAGGGAUCGGGACUCCCACGCUCUCACCAUUGCGCCCAUGCGAAUCAGCUAUCAGCCCACGAAGAUCGUGCUGUUGACAAAUCAAGGCGCCCACAUUGUGUCCCUGCUGAAGCCAAUGGAUCUGUUGCAGCAACUGCUAGCGGCCUGUCGUGGACCUCAUCACGAAGCUGUGAAGGCCUACUUCCAGGCCCAGAGCGAGCCCGAAGCGUGCGCCACGAGUCUCAUGCUCGCCUGCACCGAAGCUCUGCGCGGAUCUGAGAUGACUAUGUGGGCCACGCAGGCGUUUUUCCUGUACGGCGGUGAGCCUCAGUAUCGAUCAGCUGCCACGGGACCAUUCAACACCAACACGACUUUCAUCGAGAGCCAAGGAGCGCCCAUGUUCAACUCCACGCCUUUCCCGGCCUCCAGACCGGCUUCCGCCAUUCAACAGAGCCUUCUGCAGCAGACACAGACUCCGGGCAGUCCGAUUCAAAAUGUGAGCAAUGUUAAUUUCAACACAUCCCAAGGCGUAGACAUUUCCAGCAACUUGAUGUACUCAGCCAAGCAUACUGGACUCUAUCUGCACGUCUCGCGUCUUCUACGACCCAUCUGGAGACGUCGGUGUCUCCAGCAGAGCACACUCUUCACCAGCUCCAUCACAUUGCAGGACUGUGGUCAGAUUCUGAGCGAUUUGUAUGCCAUCAAAGCCUUCUUGGCCGCCAAUUCAGCCAGCAGUGCCACUGCUCAGCAAGCCGUCGCACCAGCACAACAGCCCGCGACGGGCGUGUAUCAGUACAACAUGGCCAGGCCGAAGAACAUGGCGGAGGACGCGAAACUGGAGGAGAAGAAGUCCCUGGACGCGCUUAGCCGGUUCAUAAAGCACACGUGUGAAGUUGUGGCUCUGUGGAAGCUCCUCUGUGAACAUCAAUUCCACGUGCUCAUUAACGCGCUGUCACGAGAACAGCAGAACAUCCUGGCGGCGUGUACAUUCAGGGAUUUGAUUUUGUGUCGUCCAGAUACUUGUUCACAGUUGAUUGUGGGACUCAUAAGCUUUUACCUCAAUGAUAACGCCAGCGUGGGCUCUAUUUCGGCCAAAUUGAGAGACGUCUGUCCCACGCUGUACAGCCAUGAAGAGGCGGUGUCGCACAAGGCAACGGAGAUCCUUCUGCUGUCCAAGACUUGCACGGAUCCCGAGGAGAAGAAUGAACGUCUCGUGACGGCACUGAAGCUGUGCAAGAGUGCCGCUCCAAAUCUGCCUCUGGGCAGUAUUUGCCAGCAAUUCACGGCGGCUAAUUUCUACAGGGGCGUCAUUGAGUUGUGUGCCAUUUGUGCGCAUAAGAUUGACGUGAACGAGACAGCGCUGCACUUUUACCGCAAUGGAGAACCGCCGGAGGAUCGGGAGGGAUUGAUGGCGUACACAGCACGUUCGGAGUGCUACAAGGAAGUGAAGUGGAUGCUGGAGCAAGUGUAUCAGCAACUCUGCAACGUGGAGGUGAAUGGCAAUCCGGGUGGCGAGAUCACAGAUAUCAACGGACAGAUUCUUAAGAUUGUGGCGCUUGUGCUGCAGACACCUGAUAUUCUCCUCCAUGUGGCCGUGUACGAGUGGUUGCUGUCGCAUCGCCUCCUGGGCGAACUGCUGGGUCUCAGCGAGCCCUCUUUGGGACUUUUCCUCAGCAACUCAUUGGCCAAGUAUCCCGACAAUCAGCAAUUGGCGGAUCUUUUGUGGAAGUACCAUGAGCGCAAUGGACAGCAUUCAGCCGCUGCAAAGAUUCUGGAUAAUCUGGCUUCGCUGGAUGACAAUAACAUUCCUCUGGGUCGGCGCAUUGAGUACCUCUCGAAGGCCGUGCUGUGCAUGAGGAGCGAGACUAUCGGCUACUCUGUCCACAAUGGUGUGCUGCUGAAGGAGUUGGAGGAUAAGCUGGAGUUUGCCCAGGUGCAAAAGCUCAUUCUGGACACUCUGUCCAGCAUCGGUGAGAGUGAUCUUGACGUUGAGGAGGCGAUUCGACUCCUGAAUUCUCAACUCUACACAAUGACUCAGCUUUACAACGAAUUCGCGGAUCCCUUCAAUCUCUGGGAGUGCAAGCUGAAGAUCCUCAGUGUCUCUCACCACAGCGACAAUCUUCUGAUCGAGACGGUGUGGAUGAACAUCUUUGAGCAGGAACUCUCGGUGAGUCUUCACAGCACGGCUGAGGAGCGCAUGAGGCGUCUCCUGACCAAAUUCCAAUGUCUCGUGCGUGAGUACAGCGAUACCGGCAAUUGCUUCCCGCUCUCAUUCCUCGUGUACGAGCUCGAGGUGCGCGCCUGCAAAUUGCGCCUCCGCGUGUCGCCCGUUCCUGAAGUCUUGCUGGCAGUGAAACUGGACACCGAGAGCCUCCUGGACAUCUACACUCGCAUGGUGGCCAUGAAUGAUCGCGUGUGGCUCACGGAGGGCAACGAAUGGUAUCUCGUGGAGGCGGCCGCUAAACUCGUCUCGACUUUUGUCGCCACAUGCAGAGUGUCCAGCGUGCGGAACCUUCGUCGAGUCGUCGCCAAAGCCGUCACCUUGAUUUCCUCCUGUUUAAAUCUGCUGUACACGAAGCCAGACACGCAGCAACUCAUCAACUCCCUGCGCGACAUUCAAUCCAAGCUAGAUCGACUGGCGGCGUGA